AAUAUGAAAGCUUUCUCAUCUAAUCAAAAAAUGAGUUUCAUUCUUCGUUUCAUCUGUUUUCUUUUUCUCGUUUCAAGUUUCCUAAACACGGUUGUUUCUUCCACACAACACUUGUGUCAUUCCGACCAAAGGGAUGCUCUUCUUGAGUUCAAGAGUGAGUUUUUGAUCUCGAUACCUGAUUGGGGCGUUGGUUCAGAUAUAAAGACAGAAUCAUGGGUGAAUAAAAGUGAUUGUUGUUCUUGGGAUGGUAUCACAUGUGCUGCUAAGUCGGGGAAAGUGAUCGGACUAGACCUUCGUUACAACUACCUCUACGGCAAGCUCGAAUCCAACAGUAGUUUGUUUAAACUGCUUCAUCUCCGUGAUCUGAACCUUGUAGGCAACAAUUUCAACAAUUCGCCAAUCCCAGCUGAGUUUGAUAAACUCAUGGAACUAGAAAGACUCAACCUCUUUGGUUCUUCACUUUCAGGCCAAAUUCCAAUUAACCUUCUUCAGCUAACCAAGUUGGUGUCUCUCCAUCUUUCUUCUAGUGGUUUUUCUGAUUCUUCUUCUUCUUUAUCUAUUGAUGAAUCAUUUCUUCAUCUACUUGCUCAAAAUUUGAGGAAUCUUAGAGUACUCGAUAUGAGCAAUGUAAACAUUUCUUCAAAAAUCCCCCAUGAGUUUUCAAAAUUGCGAUCUCUAAGGUCACUAGAUCUAAGCUUAUGCAACCUCUUUGGAGAAUUUCCAAGUAGUGUUCUUCUGAUACCCAGCCUGCAGUCCAUUACAUUAAGUUACAAUCCAAAUCUGAGAGGCAAACUUCCUGUUUUUGGUGAAAAUAACUCUUUGGUAGAACUAGGCAUUGAAAGAACAGCCUUUUCAGGUCCUUUACCUGAUUCCAUUAUCAACCUCAAACAUUUGAUUUCUUUGACCCUUACCUCUUCCCAGUUCACAGGGAAGAUUCCUUUUUCAGUUGGGAACCUUUCUCAUCUCUUAUCUCUCGAUCUCUCUUAUAAUAACUUUGUUGGUGAAAUCCCAUCUUCAAUUAGCAAUCUAAAACAAUUGACCCAUUUUGAUGUUAGUUCUAACAAGCUCAGUGGAAACUUGCCAGCUUCAAUACUCAAUUUUACUCAACUACGUUCACUCGGUCUCUCUUCAAAUCAGUUCACAGGUUCUCUUCCACUAAUCAUUAGCCAAUCCUACAAAUUAGAGUCUUUCUCAGCUGAUGAUAAUCCUUAUACCAAAGCCAUUCUGUCAUCCCUAGUCAAGAUCCCCUCAUUGAGAAGUAUCCAUUUGAGUUAUAACCAAUUCGACGACCUUACAUGGAUUGGGAAUAUUUCUAUGUUACCUAAUUUACAAAGUUUUUCUAUUACCAAUAAUAAUUACAACAAAGUCGUCGAUGGAGUUGACUUAAAUGUCUUCUCGCCUCUCAAGAAGCUGCAAAUAUUAAUUCUCUUAGGCAUCCCUCUUUCACCAACAAACAUCACUUCUGAUUUGGAUUUUUCACCAAAUUUAGAAUAUUUGCUUUUGCUAGGCUGCAACAUCACGGAAUUCCCUGUGUUCAUAAGAUACAGAAGAAAUUUAAUAUUCAUAGAUCUUUCCAACAACAAAAUCAAAGGUCAAGUACCAGAUUGGUUGUGGAGACUGCCAAAAUUGGAGUAUGUGAGUCUCUCUAACAACUCUCUCAGCGGUUUCAAUGGAUCCUUACAAGUUUCUCCUGAGAGUCAAAUCAAUACUGUUGAUCUAAGCUCAAAUGCUUUCCAAGGACCACUCUUCAUCCCAUCCUCCAAGCAUCUCCAAUAUUUUUUGGGUUCUAAGAAUAACUUCACUGGAGAGAUCCCUCGAUCAAUAUGUGGAGUAAGUUCUCUAAAGGUCCUAGAUCUAUCAAACAACAACCUCUAUGGCUCAAUUCCUUGGUGUCUAAAGACUCUGAUGGCGAUUUCUCUUUGGGAUCUAAAUCUCCGUAAUAACAGACUCAGCGGGAUUAUUCCUGAAAUAUUUCAGAACGCCAAGAGCUUAACGUCACUUGACGUCAGUCACAACCGAUUAGAGGGAAAAAUACCAGCUUCUCUUGUUGGUUGCUCUGCUUUGGAAGUUUUAAAUGUGGGAAGCAACGCAAUCAACGACAUGUUUCCCUUCCACUUGAAUUCUCUGCAGAAACUUCAAGUCCUUGUCCUCCACUCUAACAAGUUUCAUGGCACAUUACAUAACACUGAUGGGGGUUGGUUCGGAUUUCCGCUGUUGAAAAUCAUUGAUGUAUCUCAUAAUGGCUUCUUUGGUACAUUGCCAUCCGAUUACUUCUUGAAUUGGACUGCGAUGUCCUCCAAGAGAGAUAAUAAUAUGGAACCAGAGUACAUUACGAGUCCUUCACUAGGAAGCUACUACUACUCACUUAUCUUGAUGAGUAAAGGAGUGUCAAUGGAGAUGGAACGUAUCCUUACAACCUACACAGCCAUUGAUUUUUCAGGAAAUCAAUUAAAUGGACCGAUUCCUGAUUCUAUUGGUCUGCUUAAGGAGCUUCGUAUUCUCAACAUGUCAAGCAAUGCUUUCACGGGACAUAUCCCAUCUACUUUGGCAAACCUUACGAGUCUCGAGUCACUAGACCUAUCCCAAAACAAGAUUUCUGGUGAGAUUCCUCCUGAACUUGGGACUCUCUCUUCUCUCGAGUGGAUAAACGUUUCACAUAACCAGCUUGUAGGUUCCAUACCACAAGGCACACAGUUUCUGCGUCAAAACUGCUCCUCCUAUGAAGGAAACCCGGGGCUUAAUGCUUUUUCCCUUAAGGAUGUUUGUGGAGAUAUCAAAGCGCCAACACAAUCUGAACUAGUGGAAACAAAAGAAGAAGAAGAAGAAGAAUCAUUUAGUUGGAUGGCAGCAUGUUUAGGCUUUGCACCCGGAGUUGUAUUUGGGCUGGCGAUGGGAUAUAUAGUGACUUCUUACAAGCAUGAGUGGUUCAUGAAGACUUUUGGCAGAAGGAAGCCACAGAGCACCAGAACUCGUUAAGUCACUGAUCGAUCAUUCUCUCUUCCUUGUCGCAUUGUUGUUAAGUUUAUAAAAUAAUUUGUUUUAUUU